CAAAGAGCAUUGAGUAGCCAAAUUUUUUCUUUUUUCCCAAACACAAUAAACAAUGAAUCUUCAAUUAAUUACACUCUUCUUCCUCCAUUUCUCAAUUGCCUACGCUACUCAACGAGAUGUUUACAUUGUUUACUUAGGCGGCCAUAACGGAACUAGAACUGCAAAUGAGAUUGAGGAAUCGCAUCACACAUUUGUUUCGUCGGUGAAAAACACUACAGAAGAAGCAAAAUCAUCAAUAAUUCAUAGUUAUCAAAAAGUUAUCAAUGGUUUCUCUGUGCUAUUAACCUCAGAUGAAGCAUCCAAACUCUCUGAAAAAGAUGGAGUUAUUUCGGUGUUUAAAAGCGAGGUUAGAAAGAUGGCAACAACUCGAUCAUGGGAGUUCAUCGACGAGCUCAGCUCAGAAGACGAUGAUCAGGAGGAGUUCGGAAGGCAAGAAUUAUUGCAACAAACAAAUAAUGGACAAGAUAUUAUCAUUGGAGUCAUAGAUUCAGGAGUAUGGCCGGAAUCUAAAAGUUUCAAUGAUGACGGAAUGGAUCCGAUCCCAGAAAGAUGGAAAGGAACUUGCGAAGCAGGAGAUAAAUUCGACACAUCCCAUUGCAAUAGGAAAUUAAUUGGAGCAAGAAGUCAUUUGCAAGCUUUUGAGUCGCAAUAUGAACAAGUGAAUCAAAACUUAGAUUAUAGAUCACCACGAGACAGUGCUGGUCAUGGAACCCAUACAGCAUCCACGGCAGGCGGUCGUCGAGUGCCGGAUGUUUCUUUCCGCGGCGGUCUUGCCCGAGGAGUCCUUUCCGGAGGGGCUCCCCAGGCUCGCAUUGCUGUAUACAAAGCAUGUUGGCAGGUCGAUCAUGGAUACUUCAAAGAUUUCGAGUGCUUCGACGCCGAUAUGCUUUCGGCAUUUGAUAGUGCCAUUGCAGACGGUGUUGAUGUGUUGACCAUUUCAAUUUAUAGCCACAAAGUUGGGUCAUACCUGAAAGAUGGCGUUGCUUUAGGUUCUUGGCACGCUUUCAAGAACAAUAUUUUGGUUGUCAUGUGUGCCGGGAAUGACGGUCCAAACCCAUCCACCGUUAAAAAUAUCGCACCUUGGAUACUAACCGUUGGUGCCAGCAGUAUUGACCGAUCUUUCGAUUCACCAGUUAUAUUAGGAAAUGGUACUACAGUUGAGGGACAAGGUUUGAGUUCGACAAAAAUGAACAAAUUGUACCCUUUAGUCUUUGCUGGAGAUGUUGAAAUACCUGGCUCAACAGACCGGACAACCACAGGAUAUUGUAAUCUAGGUACAUUAGACCCUCUCAAGGUUCAAGGAAAGAUUGUGCUAUGUUUGUCAACGGAGAAUUACUUCCUCAGAGCAAAAGCAUUGGUUGUGAAGGAAGCCGGUGGAAUUGGAGUUAUAAUACAAAGUUCGUACCGCGGAAUGAUGGGAAUACCAGCAGAACCUUUUCUGAUUCCAGGAACAACGGUAUCAUAUCAUGGCGCUCAUGAUAUCCUGGAAUACAUAAGAAAUAACCAAUAUCCAACCGCAAUGGUUGCUCCAGCCAAGACCACCAUAAACACUAAGCCAGCACCCGUUGUUGCCGGCUUCUCUUCAGUCGGUCCCAAUAGCUUUGAUGCCGAGAUUUUGAAGCCUGAUAUAAUAGCACCUGGAGUGUCUAUAUUGUCGUCAUGGACAGAAGGAGGAGGUCCCACUGAUUUAUAUGCAGAUAAUCAAGUUGUGAAAUACAAUAUUGAGUAUGGAACUUCCAUGUCCACGCCUCAUGUUGCAGCUGCAGCUGCCCUUAUCAAAGCAGCCCACCCUGAAUGGAGCCCUUCUGCUAUAAGAUCAGCUCUUAUGACCACUGCCAGGCAAAAAGACAACACAGGUCAAUUAAUAAAGAAUCAAUUUGGAAAUGAAGCAACACCUUUCGAAAUGGGGGCUGGCUUCAUCCGGCCAACAAAAGCAAUUAAUCCGGGUCUCGUUUAUGACGCCGGCGUGCCUGAUUAUUUAUGGCUUUUAUGUAAGAGUGGUGAUGAUGUGGAUCAGGUGGACGACGGGGAACAAUGCCCUUCAUAUUACGGGGAUCCAUCGCGUUUUGCCAAUUAUCCGUCAGUUUCGGUUCAUAAUAUGAAGCCAGGUACUGCCUCGGCGGUACCUAGGACAGUGACAAAUGUCGGUGAUGAAAUAAGUAUAUACGAGUCUUAUGUCAAAACUCCGCAAGGGUUUGAGGUUUACCUUGAUCCGCCAAGUUUAGUGUUUGAUCCGGACACGAAAACGCGACAGUUUCAUGUGCACAUCACUAGAGUUUCUGGACAACCCGGAGAUGUUGCAUUUGGUUGGUACGAGUGGAGGGAUAAUUCUCAUACCGUCAAAAGUCCAAUUGUGGCAUCAUAAUAAUAUUGGGGUUUUCUCUUCAUGUGAAACAUUGUAGAUGAAUAAGUUAUGCCACUUAAUGAUCAUCUUAGUAGAGUACAUCAGUUUGUAAAGAAUCUAAGCACGCUUGAGUUUGGUA